CAAGCACAUUAAAGAAUCCGUCAAGUUGCAUCCUCCGACUUUCUAAUGAUCCUCACGUUCUCCCUCUCGUUCCGUUCUGUGUUAAUUAAUCCAACUCCUCAGCUGUCCCCUGUUUCUCCAUUCCAAUAAACCAAAUAACUGCGAAAAAUCCCUAAAGAUCCUAUGUCUUUGACCGUGGAAGCUUGUUCUAGUUGUUCCAAAGAUAUGGAUUUCGAAGAGAACAAUGUGGCUAGUAAGAAAAACGAGAACUUGGCGAGUGCAGUAGAUGGGGAAGGUAAGAAAGAGGAGGAAAAGGAGAAGCUUGGAAGAUGCUUAAGCGAGCUAUCCCUUGACGAUGAGGAGGAAGAAGAAGGAGAAGCAGACAAUUUGCUUGAUUUGGGGCCGCAGGUUACUCUCAAGGAUCAGCUAGAGAAGGAUAAGGAUGAUGAGAGCCUGAGAAGAUGGAAGGAGCAGCUAUUAGGGAGUGUGGAUUUGAAUUCCGUUGGAGAUAAAUUGGAACCAGAUGUCAAUAUCUUGAGCCUUUCAAUCAUAUCCCCUGGAAGAGCUGAUAUAGUCCUACCAAUGCCUGUGGUCCCAAAUUCCAAAGGUGUAUGGUUUACUUUGAAAGAGGGAAGCUCUUACAAACUAAAGUUCACCUUCUUUGUCAGUAAUAAUAUUGUCUCUGGUCUGAGAUACAUCAACACUGUUUGGAAGACAGGUGUUAGGGUGGACAGAACAAAGGAGAUGCUUGGUACUUUUAGUCCUCAGCUUGAACCUUACACAUAUGAGACACCAGAAGAGACCACCCCUGUAGGACUAUUUGCUAGGGGAUCUUACUCAGCAAGAACAAAGUUCAUUGACGAUGAUGAGAAAUGCUACUUGGAGAUUAACUACACUUUUGACAUCCGUAGAGAUUGGCCAUCAAUAGUAGCUCCUUUGCAGGGUGCUUGAGCCUGAGCCUAUUUAUUCUUCAUAAAUUUACCAGAAAACUGGCAUCGGCAGAGAGAUCCAAGCAUUUACUGUUAAAACCGUUCCUUUUAAUUUGAUAUAUUUAAUUUAAUUUUUCCUAACAAGAUGCAAAUCUUCUUAUGAAUAUUUUGACUAUUUCGACUUUAUUUCACCUCAUUCAGCAGUUUUUAGCUUCUUUGUAUUUGAAUCAUUAUCACUGCACAGAAACCAAAUUGACAUUUUCACAUAAAUGAAUGCUUUUUAUCUCUCA